UUAAACCAGACCCUGUAUGGAGUGUCUCAUAAUCACAACUAUUUCUUUAAAACCACUGAUUCGCUGCUUGAAAGAUGGAUCCAGAUAAGAGAAGAGGAUUGGAUGGAAGCGAGGGAUAAUCUUUCAGUGAUUUUACCCAAUGAACUGCCAGUAUUGCCUGUCACAGACAAUAAAGAUGAACCAAUAGCAGAACUGACGWGGGCAGACAGUAAUGGAAACUUUUGGGGAGCAUCUUCAGACGGCAUUUAUCAUAAAAUACCAAGUGGAAGCUGGAAGCCUGUCGCGGUGUGGCACAGGAUAGACGUCAACGAGUGUGGAUCAUCUCCUUGUCUCAACGGUGAAUGUAUUGAACAAAGUUCUUCGUACAAGUGCGAAUGUCUAGUUGGAUUCAAUGGGACUCAUUGCGAAAACAACAUGGAUGACUGCCUACCCGAUUCUUGUGAAAAUGGAGGAACUUGUAUCGAUGGCGUUAAUAACUUUACUUGCUUGUGUAUGCAAGGCAUUUAUGGACGAUAUUGUGAAGAAGUAAUAUCGAUAUGCUCGGACGAGGAACCCUGCAAAAAUAAUGGGACGUGCAUUGAUGGGCUUGGGAACUACACCUGUGACUGCCCGACAGGAAUGCUGGGCUACACGUGCGAAAUCAAUUUUGACGACUGUUAUAGUCAGCCUUGUUUGAACGGAGGGCAGUGUGUUGAUGGCAAUAAUGACUACUUCUGCGCAUGCCCAGACGGCUUCGAUGGAAAAAAUUGCGAGAAAGGUAGAGGAUUUAAAGUGAUUACAACAGCAACAACAACGUACAAAAAUGUCGAAUUCCUAGUCAUCCAUGCAACCAUCGAAUCGAGUGGAAGGUCUUUUAACAGUAGUUGGUGUGAAGACUACAAGAUGCUGUGCAAGGCCUACACAGCUAGACCCGUAGGUUGUGGACGAUCUUUCAGGAACGAUACAAGAAUCACAAAGUGCCGCGACGACUUUGAUGCUCUCAUGAUUACCGGCGACCCUAUUGGCUGUCAGUCAAGUGACACGGUAGCCACAGUGUCACGGCAAGCCGGAUUCAAUUCAGCCUUCUCAAACAAUUCGUUCGCUUUUGGUUCAUGCGAUGGUGUAUGUCCAUACCAGUUAGACGAAAAUUCUUGUCCAGAAUCGUUGCCUUGCCUAAAAUUAAAUGCGGAUCAAAACGUUUUUACCGUGUGCUCGAAGAAAAGCGACAGCAGUUUUGUUGUCCACGAACACAGGGAUAUAUUCCACGAAAACACGACUUACAAGAUCUUGAAAUUGGAUAUUGUUGCCACUCGAUAUUCGUAUCACRAAAACUGGUGUCGGGAUUAUCAGAAACUGUGUGAAUCUUAUGGACUGCGUCCUGUAGCAUUCAACCAAUAUUAUGAGUACCAAACCCAUUAUGGUACUCCCGGAAAGACCUAUCACGCCGUCGUACAGAAGAACCUUUACUUUUCAAAUACAGCAUCAAACAUUCUUUAUAAGCUUGCAAAGGUAGUAGGUUUUCCGGAGGCAAUUUCCUCAAACACCUUUGCAAUUUAUCGAACCGAGGACAGUUACUCGUGCGCUAAUUAUGUACCUAGUUCGGGCUCGAUUAAUAAUAAUUUAUACUUAUUUUACGACUCGCGUCGUUCACAAAUGUACACGGCUUGUACUGAUGGUGCUUCUACAAGCGCAUUCAAAGUCCUUGAGACACGCGAGAUAACUCAUCAGGGUAUUGACUUUUUGGCCCUGCAGGUUAAGAUACCUCGACAAGUUAAGAAAGACUGGUGUAGAGAAUAUCAAAGCCUCUGURAAUCCUUCAACAAGCAGCCAAUUGGAUGUAGUGUGACGUAUCAGUUCGAAGAAAAUAGUCUUUGUCGAGAUGAGUACCGUGCAAUGACACCACGAGCAGAUAUUCUCGGUUGCCCUUCACAUGCUAAAGCAGCAGCCGUGGUGAACAUGGCUGGGUUCUCCGAAGCCGACGUUAAGAAUACAUUUGUGUUUCAUGAGUGUGAUCAGUGUAUUUCAAAGGAUCCAGUGUGCAGCUCUGAUUUUGCUGACGUUGCUUGCUUGGAUAGGAAUUUGUCGGACAGUAUAGCAUACACGUUAUGUGCUGAACCAGAGGGCGCUUUUUCUGUCUUGAGUAAGACUUGGACUACUUUCCAGAACCUGCCUUACCUUGCGUUACAUGUAAGAGUUCCCAAAGACGGGCGUUCUAAGUUCAACAACUGGUGUACGGAGUAUAAAGAGUUGUGUGGCCUUUAUGGGUUAAAGCCUACUGGUUGUGGUACUGCCUAUACGUCAGCAGAAUACAUUGAUUGCGAAACAACUUACUCGUCCUCUCGUCCAAGCAAUAAUGAUCUCUCGUGCGAUCCAUCAUCAAUGGUACAACAGAUAGUCUAUGACGCUGGUUAUCAUCAAGCAAGUACUUCGUACUCAUUUGGCUUUUACCGGUGUUCRUCRUAUUGUACAAACACUCUGUCGUCGUCUUGUUCUACACCCUUGUACUGUCUUCGAAAUARUCAUGUCAAGAAAGAGGCAUACACCGUGUGUCKAGGUCCAAGACAAGUGUUCGGGGGCAUUAMUCGGAUAGUUAAAACGACUUACAAUGGACAACAAUAUCAUGUAAUUCAGUUGAAACUUCCUCAAGACGGCAAGUCMAAGCACAAAAACUGGUGUAAGGAGUACCAAAUGGUAUGUAARAGUUAUGGACUGAGGCCGACAGGGUGUGGAAGAAGCCGACUGAAGGACGCGGGUCURCGWGCUUGCCGUGAUCAGUACGACUCAGUGAUGACUGAUGACMAGCUUGGCUGCGACCCGCGGGAUGUCGUUUCUCGGAUAGCAGUUCAUGCCGGUUUAACGGAUGCCACGAUUCAAAACUCUUUUGCCUUUUAUAAUUGUUCUGAUUGCCCUAGGAUAUUACCUUCUUCUGGAUGCACAGGAGGUGUGUACUGCCUGAACCGUAACAUUGCAGGAGGGACAGUCUAUACCGUAUGCACAGAUUCAGAUAGUAAUUUUAUUGUUCAUGAUACCAAAGAGCAUGUCUCACAGGGGACCAACUUCCUUGUAGUCAAAGCGGAGGUGCCGGCUGCGCUCACUUCUCAAGCUUCCAACUGGUGUCUGGACUAUCAGAAGCUUUGCCGUUCAUACGGUCGAUUACCAACAGGAAUAUCUGGGGAACACAAUCACAAUCCAGAGGCGACAGGUUGUAAAAGCUAUUAUGGAUCAGUUAUGCUCGAAGAAAGCUCGAACAUUCCWUGGACCCCGGCCUCACAAAUAAAUAGCAUCAUCCUUAAAUCAAAGAUUCGCACAUACACUACUUCCAGCAGGAGUUUUGGUUUYGGUCAAUGUCCAAGCCCAACAACUUGUCCAAGCACAAUAACGUCUUCCUGUUUCAAUGACUUAUAUUGCUUUGUAACAAACACUAAGAGAAUGACACAUGCUUUGUGCACAGAUCCUGAUAGUAAUUUUCGACUCAUCGAUGAUAGAGAGUACAAAUAUUUAGGUCGCAACUACACAGUGAUUCACGCCUCGGUGCUAGAUGACGGUACUUCAAAACAUGACACGUGGUGUCAUGACUACCAGCGUCUUUGUGAGUCGUUCGUGAAGCUUCCUCUAACGUGCGGUUCUGACUCAUGGAAAAAGAGAGACUUUUAUCAAUGCAGAGAUGAAUAUGGCGCUGCAAUCUUUGAAGAAAAUCCUGUUAGAUGUGAUUCAAAUGAUGACGCAGUUAGCAUUGCAAGAGGUGCUGGUUUUACUGAAGCAACGAACUUUAACACUAUAACGUUCCACAACUGCAGUUUGUGUUCUAAAUACCUCAGCGAGAAACCCGAUGAAGCUGUUUAUCCACUGCGUAAAGGAAUUAAGGAAAUCUACGCACUGUGUACAGAUUCAAACAGCAAUUUUGAAGUCCUUAAAUCAAGUGCGACUGAAUAUAACGGAGUUCCUUAUACAGCUUUGCAGCUAAGAACCCCAGUWAAUGGAUUAUCAAGGCAUGAGAAUUGGUGCAGGGACUAUGAACGCUUGUGUGCUACAUUUGGACAGCAGCCUACCGGUUGCGGCGAGACAUACAAAACGCAAAGCGGCUAUGGUGAAUGCGGCACUAUUUACAAUUCCUCCAUGCCUUGGAAUAACCAUUUUGGUUGCAUGCCAAACUCCAAUAUGCAGAAAGCUAUUUAUAAGGWUUUCAAAUCAGCCAGCACGACAAACACGUUUGGAUUUUAUUACUGUGACGGAGCUGGAUGCCCAAACCUGUUUCCAAGCUCGGGUACAAUUAACGGUAUUUACGGGGCUCGAAAAAGUGACUCGGCGUACCUUAAACAYUCGCUCUGCGUAGAUAGAAAACCGGGCUUCCAUUACAUUAGCCAAAAAAUAUAUAUUCGAGAAGAUACCAACUAUCUUAUUGUUAAGGCGGUAUUACCUUCUACGGGGAAAUCUCAGUAUGAGAAUUGGUGUCGUGACUACGAGAAACUAUGUGCAAUGUUUUCUCGAAGGCCGCUUGCCUGUGGAACUGAAAAAUUACUAGAACACAAACAUCGUUCAUGUAGGACCCGCUACAACGCUGUCAUGCCGUCUGAUGGCUACACUGGGUGUGGUCCAAAUGUUACUCUUCUGGCGCAAAUGGCCGUGACUGCAGGAUAUACAGAUGCAAUCACUACAAACGUGUUUGCAAUGAGAUCUUGUGACUCCUGUGGUGAUAGCAUUCCUGYGUCAGGGGCAAACGAACAUCUUCAUAGCAUCAAYAUGCAAGURMAAAACCGAGAAGUAUAUGCCUUCUGUGUUCACUCAGACAGUAAUUUCCAGGUAUUGAAGACAAAGUYGGUAGUGUUCCGGUCUUGGAGGUACUUGGCUGUUAAAGUUAAAAUUCCUUCAAAUUCAAGAUCUCAGCACGAAACUUGGUGCCGGGAUUAUCAGCGCAUGUGCGAAUCCUUUGGUAAACGACCUGUGGCUUCUUAUUCUGUAGACGAAAAGACGGAAGCCAGACUUGAUUGUAGACUGUCUUAUAAUGCUUAUCAACCCGAUUCCACCCAAGCCUGGAGUUCUGACACUUACCCUUACGUCUAUGAAAUGAACUUGAAGGCAAAAUUUGGCAGCACAAUUUCAUACCAGGCAUUCUCAUUUUAUGCCUGUACCUCUUACUGCUCUAAAACAAUGAGUACAAGUGGAUGUCAGAGUUCAAUUCGAUGCCUAGCACACAACCAUUUGAUAAAUAAAGAAGCCUACACACUUUGUGCAGAUCCAGACAGUGGAUUUGAAGUUGUUUUCAACAAAACAACGAUUAUGAAUGGGACAGAAUAUUUGGUAAUUGGGGCAAACGUACCACUUUAUGGUCGAUCUCGAUACGAGAACUGGUGCCGAGACUACCAGAAAUUAUGUCAGACCUAUGGGAGAAGACCGCUGGCUUGUGGAAACAGUUAUCGACAUGACAGCCAAUACACAAGAUGUCGAGAUGAAUACAAUGGACUGAUGUUUCACGACGAUAUUUCACUCUGCAAUCAAAACGAAAGAGUCAUGACAAUUGCCAGGCAUGCUGGAUUUACCAAUGCAAACGAAAACAAUUCAUUUGCGUUUCAUGCGUGUGAACAAAGCGAUUGCCCGCAGUCAUUUGGACAGAGAUUUACCCSGUCGUUCUAUUCUGCCGGAGAGAACCCAAAUGAUCGACAGGUGUAUACGGUGUGUGUCAACGCAGACAGCAAUUUAGACAUCAUAUUUGCAAAGCCCCAAAUCUAUUCAAGUGAAGAUUUUCUGGUCAUUAAGGCCAGAUUACCUGGUAAUGGUCAAUCAAAGUACGAAAACUGGUGUCGUGACUACGAAAGGCUGUGUGAUUCAUAUGGAAUGCGACCGACAGGAGCUGACAUGCGUUACUUGGCAAAGUCAGCAAAUACACUUUGCAGAGACAAAUAUCGGUCUGUCAUGUUAACCACAAGUUUGAUUGCCAGUCCUCCAAAUACCCAGGCAGACACAAUCACGUCUUAUCGUACUGAUACAGCCGCUGCGUCUAAUUCAUUUGCAUUUGAUAUAUGUCGUGAUGAAGAUUGCACAAAAACGCUGCCGCAAUCCACAUGUAGUUCUUCUUUGCGCUGUAUUUAUCAGACGGUACCUAAAAAGUACGCUCACACUAUGUGCGUUGAGCCACUAACAAAUUUCAAGGUACUGGAUCACAGAGAAGUCAGAUACUUGAGCCGAAGUUUCCUAGCCAUAAAAGCAACGAUAAAAAACACAAAUGCUACAUCAAAAAACGCCAACUGGUGCUUAGAUUACAAAAUACUUUGCGAGUCGUACGGAAAAAGGCCAUUGGCCUGCCCAAACUCGUACGCAUCUGGUCAUCAGUAUUACCGCUGYCAAGAAGAAUUCAACGCUGURUUGAUGGAAUCAAGUGAGUGUCCUCUUAACAGCUUCGUAUCAGAUAUUGCCAAUWCUGCUGGGUUUACUCAUGCAACUCCAAGUAAUUCCUUUGCCUUUCGUAGCUGCAACGAAAGUGCUUGUGUAAAACACUUAAAUGAUUCCGGUUGCGACAACUCCCUCUACUGCAUMAGCAGGAGAGUACCCAAUCGAGAGGUUUAUACCGUAUGURCCAACAGUGAUUCCAGCUUUGAAGUUAUCGAUGCUAGAUCAGUUGUUCAUAGCAGCAUUAACUACGUCGCGAUCAAGGCACGCCUUCCAAGCCACGGAAAGCCAAUGCAUGAGAAUUGGUGCAAGGAUUAUCAAGUACUUUGCGAGUCCUACGAUGCACGACCAACUGGAUGCGGAGAAGCYAACAUAAACCACCCUGAUUAUGGCCGGUGUGCGUCGAAGUACCACAGCAAUAUGCCUGGAAAUAACUAUUUUGCAUGUACUUCGACCACAAAUAUCAAAGYAAUUGCUAACUCGGCAGGCUUCGCCGAAGCAACCGAARCAAAUUCAUUUGCUUUUCAAAACUGCUCUGAUGCAGCAUGUAAUCGCGAUUUGCUUAUUUCKGAUUGUCAUGGAUCAUUGCAUUGCCUCAAUGCAAGCCUUCUUAAUCAGGAAGUCUUUACCGUGUGUCGUAGACUCUACGAGUCAAACUUCAAGGUGCUGCAAGUAAAAGAUACAGUUUACCAAGGAGUUGCAUACAAAGCUAUAAAAGCUAGGCUUCCCUCAAGUAGGUCUUCUCGCAGUAGUGACUGGUGUCUAGAUUACAAAAUCUUAUGCAACUCGUACGGUCAAAGUCCAACUGGCUGCGGCGAAAAGCACUCUGGAGAUUCGGUCUAUUCAAGCUGUGCAUCUCAAUAUGGAUCUGUCAUGUUACCUGGCAAUAAUCUUGACUGCGACCCUCGWGUUAUGGUGUCCAUAGUUGCAAAAGCAGCAGGGUUCUAUAAUGCCUCCUAUGAGAAUUCCUUUGCGUUCCACCGCUGUACCGGGUACUGCUCCUCUUCAAUUCCGACAACCGGCUGUUCGCCAUCUCUUUCGUGCGCUAAUGCUCAAGCAGCAAGGCAUCUCGAAGUCUAUACCCUAUGUACCAACUCUUCUCAUAGUAAMUUUGAAGUUAUGGACAGCAGACAAGUGGAGCACRAUGGAAUGCGUUACACGGCUCUAAAAACCCGCAUUCCUCAAAAUGGUAUCUCACUCAACGAAAACUGGUGCCGGGACUACCAAAGACUGUGUGAUCAGUACGGAGGACGUCCCACGGGCUGUGGAGAAGCUAGCAAAACAAACAGCAACUGCUCGCUUUGUAGCACAAUGUACGAUUCUUUCAUGCCUUCGAGUGAUUUUCUGGGAUGCAAUUUGACGAAUAAUGCUGCAGCAAUUAUCACUAAGUCAGGACUUAAAGGCGCUGCUCUGGAAAACACUUUUAUUUUUCAUCAAUGCGAUAACUCUAGUUGCACCAAAGAGCUACCACAUCGUGAAUGCAGCAACUCGYUGAAUUGCAUUAGCAAAAAUGUUUUGGCUGGAGAGGUUUACACACUAUGCCUCGAUAAGAACCAGCGACACAAUUUUGAGGUCGUGAAUUCCAACUCGACGUCUUACAAUGGAAUAGAGUAUCGGGUGAUUGAAGUUAGGAUACCAGAGAAUGGCAGAUCAAAAUGUGAAGAUUGGUGCCGUGAUUAUCAGAGUCUUUGCGAGUCAUUUGGAAUGAGACCAACUGGUUGCCAAACAAGUAGCUCUGGKUUUCCCGGUAGAUGUGAAAGAUACAAUUCCUUGAUCAUUCAAAAGAACGAACCUUGCUUGGCGACAGGAUUCGCUAAGGUUAUCGCAAAUGCUGCAGGAUUUUCUCGAGCCAAUUUAACCAACACAAUAGCAUUUGAUGACUGUAGUCCUAGCAAGUGUCCAACAAGACUAGAURGUCCAGACUGCGCCGAAAGAGCCAACCCAUUCUGCAAUCUUCGCAACACUUCACAGAGUUUUGGCUACGCAAUAUGCGUCAAAGCGAACUAUACCUUGCAAGUACAAGAAACAAGGAAUAUUGCCCAUGAUGGUGUUACAUACAAGAUAAUUCGAGCACAUCUUCCUCAAAAUAAGAAGAAGGUCAACUGGUGCUUGGAGUAUCAACACGUUUGUGAGUCGUAUGGACAGCGCCCUGUGCUUCGUAUAGAAGAUGCAUACAGGACUCAGGGUGCUUUAACGUGUCGCGACCAGUAUAAUUCCAUUUCAAUCAACGCCACCAAUGAAACCCAUGUCUCAGUAUUGGCAACUGUAGCUGGAUUCAACAAUGCUACGCGUCUCAAUUCGUUCGCAUUUUCACGCUGUUCAACCGCGUUUUGCAGUGCUUCACUUAUCAAUGAAACAUGUGGAUCAACUUUUGAUUGCGUUAACAAUAACAACGCRUCUACCGCAGAAUAUUUUCAUCUUGCCUGYAUCAAGGAGUUGCCUGUAAGCAAUUUUGAAGUCUUGAGCACUAAGCAAGUGAAGUAUAAUCAAGAUAUGUACUUGGUCAUUGAAGCUCGACUUCCUUCCGACGRAAAAUCGAAGUACGAAAAUUGGUGCCGAGACUAUCAAAAACUAUGCGAGAACUACGCUCUGCGUCCAUUAGGCUGCGGCCGUGAUAGAUACCAAAGUGAUCAUGAGAUGGCUUUAUGUUUGGCAAGGUAUGGUGCCGUGAUGCCACUUGACACAUCCCUCGAGUGUCCCGUGAGACAACGAGUUAAACUACUUGCUCAAAAAGCAGGAUUUGGAAACGCUAYUUUAGAAAACUCAUUUGCUCUUCACAGAUGUACUGAGUGUACAAGAUUUUUGAACAGCUCGCUCAACAAAGGUGUGUAUCCCCUAUCGAAGGAUCUUCAUGGUGGAGUAGUAUAUACCCUCUGCACAAGAGAUCAAAGUAGCAAUUUCGAAGUUGUAGAGACACGAAUUACCCGUUUCGAGAACAAAGAAUUCCUUGUGAUUCAAGCUCGACUCCCCAGAUUUGUCGGCAAAUCGAAACAAGUGGAUUGGUGUAAAGAUUAUCAAAUGCUCUGUGAAUCAUUCGGCCGCCGUCCCGUUGGUCGUGCUUAUUUAUCCGAGACUUAUGGUGUUAGCCUUUGUUCCAAGCUUUACAAUUCCUUUAUGCUCGUCAACGCUGAACUGCCAUCGAAUAUUCCAAGCGGGGUGAGUCAAAUAGCGCUUCAAGCAGGAUUUUGGCGAGCCACAACUGUUAACUCGUUCGCUUUUGAGAACUGUAAAGAUUGCUCCCAGUACCUCCUUUCCACUUGCAGUUCCACAGUUGGUAUGAAUUGCUUGACAGACAGAGAAUUUGAGGUUUACACCGUGUGUGUGUAGGCUUUAGUUGUUAGAAACUUUAUCAAGACUUUUAAACAGGUACUCAGAGCAGAGUAGAAUUUCAAUGGGGUACCAAAGACCCAUCACGCCAUGCCUUAAUGGCUGUAUACAGGGUAUAGAGGCUUUGCACCAUYAGGUGAUGCCAGCCAUGACAAGAGGAAUGAUCAAUCGAAUCUAGUCUUAUCUGAUUUACAUUAGAAAUUAUUCAGUUUCCCAGGGGAAAAGACUUGUUGUACCUCCUGUCAUGGCUGCCAUCACGUGAUGGUACGAAGCCUCUAUUUCUUAAAAUUAAAAAUUUUAUUGGGGUGGAAUGGAU